AUGACAAAUUUCACAAAAGAAUAUCGUUUUAAUAUGAUACCUUUGGCUCGUCUUCGACAAUUAACAAUUAGUAACUGUUCUAUCAAUGAUCUUCAGAAGAUUUUUACUGAAGCUUCACAACUUCAAUCACUCAAUAUUCAUUUGUAUUCGAUUUCUCAAAAUGUCAAAUCUUUUCCAACUUUAUCUCGAUUAACUAGACUCAUUCUGAAGAUUGACAAUAAGAAUAAUCCUCUUUUUACAACUAAUGUUCUAUCGAUGAACACAAUGGAAUUGUUUCUUUGGAAGUUGCCUCGUCUUCGACAUUUUGUUUUCAGUGGAAAAGUUCAUAUUGAUGUUGCUAAUGGACAACGAUGGGAAAUAUUGGCAAUCGAUUUAGUUACAUUUCAUUUUAAUUUUCAACUCGAAAUUGAUCGCAUUAAUGACAUUCUCGAAUCAUUUUGCACACCGUUUUGGUUGGAAAACAAACGUUGGUUUGUCGCUUAUAAAGAUCAUCGUCUUUUCUCGGUACCUUAUUUUGCCGAUACGAUUGCUUCUUUUCCUUUUUAUCCUCCUGUUCAUUCAACAGCACCUGAUGAUAGAUUCUUUUUCCAACAUAUAAAACACAUACAACUUCCAGAAGUUCCAACUGUCGAUCUUCAUUUUUUCACUCAUAUUGAAACAUUGGAACUUAGAUUGCAUGUUAGUAUUUGGAUUGAAGAACAGGUAAAUCUUUCACGAUCCUAG